AUGGGCCCGGACCACCGUACGGAAAGAGCCGAGCGCUGUGUGCGCGUCUGCAGCGGGGGACUCAGCAACCUGCUCUUCCGCUGUUCGCUGCCGGACCACCUGCCGAGCGUCGGCGAGGAGCCGCGGGAGGUGCUGCUGCGGUUGUACGGGGCCAUCCUGCAGGGCGUGGAUUCCUUGGUCCUAGAAAGCGUGAUGUUCGCCAUCCUUGCAGAGCGGUCCCUGGGGCCGCAGCUCUAUGGAGUCUUCCCAGAGGGCCGCCUGGAACAGUAUCUCCCAAGCCGGCCAUUGAAAACCCAUGAACUUCGAGAGCCGCUGUUGUCAGCAGCCAUUGCCAUGAAGAUGGCCCAAUUCCAUGGUAUGGAGAUGCCUUUCACCAAGGAACCUCAUUGGUUGUUUGGGACUAUGGAACGGUACUUAAAGCAGAUCCAAGACCUACCUUCCACUGACCUCCCUCAUAUGAAUCUACUGGAAAUGUAUAGCCUGAAGGAUGAGAUGGGCAACCUCAGGAAGUUGCUAGAUUCUACUCCAUCACCAGUGGUCUUCUGUCACAAUGACAUACAGGAAGGAAACAUCUUAUUGCUCUCAGAGCCAAAAAAUGUUGAUAGCCUCAUGCUGGUUGAUUUUGAGUACAGCAGUUAUAACUACAGGGGCUUUGACAUUGGGAACCAUUUUUGUGAGUGGGUUUAUGAUUAUACUCAUGAGGAAUGGCCUUUCUACAAAGCACAGCUCACAGACUACCCAACUCGAGAACAGCAGCUUCAUUUUAUUCGCCAUUACCUGUCUGAGGUAAUGAAAGGUGAGACUCUUUCUCCAGUGGAGCAGAAAAAACUAGAAGAAGAUUUGCUGAUAGAGGUCAACCGGUAUGCUUUGGCUUCUCAUUUCUUCUGGGGUCUGUGGUCCAUCCUCCAGGCAUCCAUGUCCACUAUAGAAUUUGGAUACUUGGAGUACGCCCAGUCUCGGUUCCAGUUCUACUUCCAGCAGAAAGGGCAGCUGGCCAGCUUCCACUCAUCGUCCUGACCAUCCAACUUCAUUCCUCAACUUUCUUCUUGGAGCCUCCAGGGCAGGACCUUGGAGGGAAAGACAAAGGGCAGGAGGCCCUGGGGACUGGACUUGUGUCCUCAAAUGAGACUGAUUGAGAAGGCUGACCUCUCCCCCAGAUUGUAUAGUUGCCC